CACUGAUUCUUAUUUUUCUGUGAAUAAAUCUGACAGUUUGAGAGCAAAAAUAAAAACACCAAAAUAAAUGAAAAUAAAGUAAAAGGAACUUUUAAAACACUGGCUCUGAAUCCUUGAUAAAUAGUGCAGCGAAUCCUAGGGAACUUGGAUAAUAUCCUGGCUGAUUAUCUUGUGAAAGGAAAUAUAAUAUAGGUGUGCAAAUUCCCCACAAAUAACAGUUAUCAGUAGAGUGAACUAAAACGUUAGAUGUUGGGAGUUCGACGGGGGAUAUUUCGGAUAGAACCUGGCAACCAGCAACAAACUAAUGGUCGACGUAGUAUCAGAACGGAAGUCUGCCGCGGCCAGAUCAAAAUUGUACAUGAACAACGCUAGAAUAUAUUUUAAAACUUUAUUUUAGAUAAACAAGAAGUUUUAUAACCAAAAAAAUGGACGACAGAGACAGUGAGAGAGUGUCCUGCCUGCUUUGUCAACGGUCCCAAGAGACAAAGAUAACCGGAGCGUUAUCGACUAAAGACGAAGUCACGGCUCACCAGAACUGUUUGUUAUUUUCCUCUGGUCUUUAUUGCCAGAGUUCUCCAGAGUUUGAUGAUCUGUUUGGUUUCUCUGUGGAGAAAGUGCUGACUGAAGUGAAACGAGGAUCCAAACUGUUCUGUGACAAGUGCAAGAAAAAGGGCGCCACUGUUGGGUGUGAAGUUAAGCGCUGCAAGAAGUCUUACCACUACCCGUGUGCUGUUUCUGCAAACGCCACAAUCAUUGAGAAUACAAAAGAAGAAAAAUAUGUGUUGUACUGUUACAAUCAUGAUCCACAAAAACAAGAAAUCAACGGCUUUGUAAAUGGACACACUUCAUCGUCAAAAAAGGCCCGAACUCGGAAAAAAAAUCCCAUCGAAGUCGGACCAUCCAAGGUUUAUUGCCUUGCCUGUGAGAAGACUGAAGGACAUAUUUGCUUGGAAAGUUUGUCUAAUAGCAUUGUUAUGUUUUACUGUGACAAACAUGCUCCUGCAUCAAAAAAGGGGAACAGCAGUGGUGAUUCUACACCAGCUCAACAAACGUCUUUGUACAGCAGCGACUCCAACUCCUCCACCAGCGCGCCACGUUCAUCUUCCAAGAAACGGUUGAAUUCCAGUGGCAAACAGGAAGGGACGCCCUCUAAACAUAAAUGUAAAAGCCGGCAUGUGAUAGACUCUUCAGAGUCAGACGAGAAUGGACCUGAUUCAGAAAUGGCCCCUUUAGAGACGGAUAUAGACGAGAGUGCAAACUCUAUGCCAGAGUCCCAGUUGAUAAGGUGAGAUCACACCUCUGUAAUUAACUGAAAAUAAGUUUAUUUUUUAGGAUAUUUAGUGUGCAAUAAUUUAUGCAUUAUACAUUCUGUAACCUUGUUGAAGCCACAAAUUUAAUGCUGGCUCGAGUAUGUGCUUUGUUACAGUCCAACAUGUUCCAUAUCAAUAUAACACAACCACAAACUAUAGCCUGUAGCACGACCACAGGGUUUAAGUAUCACCUAACAGUGUAAACAACUGUUUAAAAUGAUUUUAAACCAAAUUUAAAAGAUUGUUUGGAUUGCUUUAAGGUGGUUUCUUUUUUGUGUGAUCAGUGUAAAAAUAUCAAUAGAGGAUAAGUGUUUAAUGUUCUCCUCACAGAAAUCCAACUGAGAGUCCCACUGGGUCUGCUUCGGGUAGGCUGCCACAGCAGAUUCAGUGUAUAUAAAGCAUGUGGCCAACUCAUAAUAUGCAGAUAAUUUGCAAACUCCUACUGUCUCUCAUAGGAAAUCAAAUGGAGAGAAAGAGCAGAGAUGAGAAUAAAGAUGAAGAUGAAACUGUCAUGCAUUCAGAUACUGAUUCAGAGAGUUUGCUGCUUCCUGUUCCAGCCUCAUGUCAAACUGAAACAAACUUGUUUCCCAGAGUGGUUUUGGUU